AUGUCAAGUGGAGAUAAGUCCAAGACUUCUUCUCAGACUGACGGCAAGGCUGCUCAGAGCAAGAAGUCCGAGAUGGGGAUGAUGUCCUACAAGAUGUACGUGUUUGACCAGGAGAACUUCCAGGGUCGUAUGAUCGAGAUCAGCAACGAGUGCAUGAAUGUGUGUGAGAUGGGCAUGGAUCGCGUGCGCUCUCUGCGCGUGGAGUGCGGACCCUUUGUGGGCUUCGAGCAGAUGAACUUCUGUGGAGAGAUGUACAUCCUGGAAAAGGGAGAGUACCCUCGCUGGGACUCCUGGAGCAACUGCCAGAGGAACGACUACCUGCUGUCCUUCAGGCCUGUCCGCAUGGACCCUGAGAAGCACAAGAUCUGCCUGUACGAGGUGGGAGAGUUCAAGGGCCGCAAGAUGGAGAUCAUGGAUGAUGACGUCCCCAGCCUGUUCUCUUAUGGCUUCACUGACAGAGUUGGCAGCAUCAUUGUUAGCUGUGGAACCUGGGUGGGAUACCAGUACCCUGGAUACCGUGGCAGCCAGUACCUGCUGGAGAAGGGAGACUUCAGGCACUUCAAUGAGUACGGCGCCCGCUGCCCUCAGUUCCAGUCCGUGAGGCGUAUCCGCGACAUGCAGUGGCACCAGCAGGGAUGCUACACCAUGGCCAGCAAGUGA